AUGGCAGGUGACUUCUUCAUGUCUUGUAGCACGGAUGAAAGCGCCUUUAUGCCAGAGAUCCGUGUCGUGGUGCUGGGGGACGCGAAGGUCGGCAAGACAGCGUUGCUGCGGCAGUACCUCCACCACGAACAGCCUUCCCGGUCGACCGGUCAUGAGUCGACGCUGCUAGAUUCUUACACCCACAUCGACUACUGUGGUAUGCAGCCGUAUCGACUGAUCUUCACAGAUUGCAGCAGCGCUCCAUCCUUUCACGAGCAUCGCGCUGCAUAUCUGGCCAAGUGCGACGUCGUCAUUCUUGUCUACUCGGUGCGUCAUCGCAAGACGCUGCUGAAUUUGCGCCACUGGAUGGAGGAGGUGCUGGAGGCACGCGGCUUGACCCGGCCGGCGCGGUGUGCCUCCACCACCGGCGACUUCGGCGAGGUACCCAUCUUCGUUGUAGGGACACACUACGGGGAAAAGGACUCAUUGGAGGCGACGAACCCGACAGGCACGGACGAGGCGGAGAGCAUCACGAAGGAGUGCCUCCAGUCUGCCGGCUAUUUCAUCAACGAGAACGACGCCGACACUGAGGAGGCGCUCCGCUCGAACUCGGCGCGGCCACAGAAAGCGCGGCAACGACAUCAGCAGCGACAGGGGCCAAAGGAGAAACGCUCUCCUCGCACUUUCCACGACUUGUUGCACAAACUCUUCCACAUCAACGCGGACGGCGAGGGCAGAGACGCAGGAGCUCUGAAGAAGCCAACAUCCGACGAGGUGACGGCUUUUCAGCAGCGUCAGCCAGCAUCUGCCGUCCGCAACAACGGCUGCCUUUCGCUAGCGUCAUCGACUCCGAUGCUGCUGCAGCCCAAAUCCGACACCACCAACAACAAAACCAAGUCGAGCAACGCCAAAUCAACGCUGCGUAUCCCUCCCGGCGCGUCGACGCGCUUGCCGCUCUUUCAGCUCUCCAACACAGAUGGCAAAGCGGUCGACAUGGCGGUGCGCGCUUCUCUCACACUGUAUCUUUGGCUGCAGAGACAUGAGGGCGACAGUGUGGCGCUAUCUGCGGCGCAUACUCCACAAAGCAGCUUCGCGACUGCCUCUAAGCCCGAAGACGCUGCUGCGCAAAGUGCCCCGCCGCACGAAAGCAGCAAGAGUGCGGACGAUGGCGCCGGCGCCGCCACUGAGAGCACUGCCGCGCCGUUGACGGUGUUGUCUGCGACUCUGCGCGCACACGCCAUCUCGAGGGCCUUGCAUGCGUCCUACGUUAACGAGCGCUCUGUUGCGUCCUUCAUACCGCCCAUGCUUGCCUUGUACAACCUCGGUGUCAGUGGCUCUGUCUGUGGCGAGUCAACGGAGAGCCAGGCGCUCAGGCACAGUCGAGGUGCUUUCUACGUGAUGCAGACGGCCGGCAGCUCGGCUCCGGCAGCGCAGCAGCCACUGCAGGCUAACAGCAUCACAGAGCCAUCACAUGAGACCGCCUUCUCCUGCUGUGGUAACGGCAGCAGCGAAGUCACUGUCGGUGCAAGAAAUGAUGUAAAGACGACUGACCAGACGGCCUUCGGUGAAGUCUGCAGCCAAGCCCGUGCGCGCCGUGGCAAGAGGACAGAGGAUAGGGCACCGUCGUAUUCAUCCAACGUCAACUCGGUACGCAAAGAGGGAAAGAAAGAUGAUGCAGCGCACUCGGGUUAUCUGCAGACGUCGAUGCCGAAAACGGCCGAGCCAGUGUCCUCACCCGAGCUAGGCGACACCGCGGUGUCGGGCGCAUCGAUAAAGGCGGGCGAGCUCAUGAAGGGAAAGACGCACGGCUGUCUUUCCUCACCGGGCACAAACCCAGCAGCAGCGCCUAACGCGGACUCCAGGGAGGUCAACAGCGCGGCUGGUAAGGCGGGUGGCGAGCUCUCGACCAUUUCCGGCCCCAUGAUGCCAGACGGUGCGUUGCCCUUAUCAACGGCGCCCAGCGUCGCUACGAGGUCGCGCGGAGACGCUGUCACAGGCGGUGGUAUCGUUGCCGCUUCGCAGCAGCCGACGUUGCGAGUGCGGAAGGAGAUGGGCGUUGGCAAGGAAGGUGAUGGCGCCGGCACAGACUACCGUGGCGACCUACCGACAAGGAAGUCUGAACCUGUAACCAAGUUGCCCGUGGAGUGCGAGCCCGAUAGAGACCCCAGCUCGUUUCCCAUAUUGCGACAGAGUAGAGAAAAUGACAGCGCUGGAGUAUCGGCAGUGCGCGCGGCGUCUGCGGGGCCGCUGGCUUCGCCAGCACACACACCCAACAGCCACAACCACGCCCCGUUCGCUGCGAAGCUGUCUCCGAUGGACGAAUGCGUGCCUUCAAGGUCUCCAUCUUCGACUGCGAACACAGGCAUAGGAACUGACAAGAGUGAGGCAGUCAGCAACAAGUCAGCGCAAGAGCGAGAGCCCGUCACGGUGUCUUGGCCACCGCGGUCCAGUUCGGCGGCGCGCGAACCACAGGCAUCACAGUCGGAGCCCCGCCGACCGCAGAAAAGCCGCCAGGCGAAGUUGAACGGCACAAGGAACCCCAAGCAUUGGAGAAGGCCUGUCAUUUCGAUCCGCAUACUCAUCGGGCGGCAGCAGAAGCAAAAGACAACUCAGUGCACCGUGGGCGGUUGCGCCGGCAUGUAA